AGCCAGAAAGCUUUCAGAAGGCCACGACCACCGUUGCGUCCGCUCCUCGUUACCGCUGCUGCGUCAGUCUUCACGACCACCGCUAAUAUCAUGGCUCCCAUCGCAGGCAAAUACAUCCUCGAGACCUCUGAAAACUUCGAUGAAUUCAUGAAGGCUCUUGGUGUAGGAAUGAUGCUGAGGAAGCUGGGUCAGACCAGCAAGCCCACGGUGGAGUUCAUAGAGAAUAAUGGGGAAUGGACCUUAAAGACCACCACCACACUGAAGACCACGGAACUGAAGUUUAAACUUGGCCAAGAAGUUGAUGAAUCUACCUUCGACGGCAGAGAUUGUAAGACGGUGUUCACCCUGGAGGGAGACAAGCUGAUUCAGGUGCAGACAGCAGUCAAGGGCAAGAGUGCCAAGUAUACCAGGGAAUUCACAGACACGCAAAUGAUCAUGUUGUCGGAGUGUGAUGAUGUUGUCUCAAAGCGCAUCUACAAGCGCCAGUAAGGGAAGCAACAGCAACAGCAGCAGCAAAAAGAUCAGCAACAACAGACAGAACAGCAGCACGACAGCAGCAGCAUAAAUCCAUCAUCCUUUGCCUCACUGUCUUGAGAACUUGCUCACUGCUCAAGAUUCCUUCCUAUGAUCAUCUUCUCAUUACCUUAGAUACUCUUUUCUGUCCAACAUGAAUGAUCAUAUAAAUACUGCAUUUGUAUUUUUUAAUCACAUUUUGCAACAAUAAAAAAUACAAUCUAGA